AGCGUCAAAAUGGCUGCCAAGCAUCACAAACUGGCUGUCUAUGACGAACUGAUUGGACAUUUGGAGGGGAUUCUUUUCCAGAUUCCGGUUAUAUCAUUUAUAGAUCGCCACUGCCUGAUAUUUGAACCCGAUGUUGAUGACAACCCCGAAUAUAAAAAAGUAUGGGAACAAUACAAGACCAUGGUCGCCCAGUUACUGGAAGGCUUCCGAGAAGAUUGUGGCCUUACCCAUGAGCAGAUCAUACAGACACUGAAACAGAUCGACAAAGAAAUAGACUUAGAGGAUAAAAGUAUAUUCGAACAGAUGUUUGCCACCGAGAGUUACAAAGUUUUUGUGUCCAUGAUGGCAAGAAAAAAUACAGAACUACAGCAACAGGUUAUUCUAGUCAUUUUAAGUCAGACUGGUAGUGUUCCUGACAUCUGUGUUCCUGGUGAUGUGGAUGACUUCAAGAAAAAGAAGACCACAGAAAAAAAAGAGCCCUCUGGUUGUACUGGUAGUGUCAUGAUUAAUGAAGAUGCAAUAUUAGCAGCCGUACUUAAAAAAUCAAAAGAAGAAUACGAAGCCCAGCAGGCACGACAAAAGAAGAAUAAUGAUGCUGAUGUGGAGAAGGUGUUACAGUUGUCGAAACAAGAGGCACCAAAGCUGCAGCAGCAGCAUCAAGCCCAGCAAGAGAAGCUCACUCAGGACCUGCGUGAGUGUGCCCAUGAUGAUCCUCCUUUACCUGGGAGACAAGCUGCCAGUACCCCUAAACCCAAGGAGACAACCAAGGCCAAACCACGGUCCAAAACAUCUGUGAUUGCUGAUGUUCAUGAAAUCAAGAAUGAUCUGGAGCAACUUGCUGGCCCAGGUUACAGCAGCCCGAAAAUCAAACAACAGACUUUCGACGAAAUGAACGAUACACUAGAAGCACCCUCUGGGGUUAAAAAAGAAACAUCUCUUGAACAGAAAGCAACUGUGAUUGAAACAAAAACAGCUGCGGUUGAAGCAAUGGCUGCUCGAUCGCAAACAGCCAUUGAAUCUGACACAGACGUUUCACCUACUUAUUCUCCACUGACAACUGGAGAGGCAAUGCAGGAUUUGACCUUGGGUUCUUCAAAACAGGUGACCAAGUCUGGAAAGAAACCGGAGACUGAGAAAUCUUCCUCACCGGCUGCUAAACCAGCAGCUAAGGCCCCUGCCAUCAAGAUCACGAAUGAGCAAGCGGCAGCGAACUGGCUUGCUGGUGCGAUGAGUGAUGUGGACAAAGCUGGUGUCAAAAAUAUGGCUGAGGGAUAUUCAAAAAUGUCACAGGAAGAACUCAAACAGCGGCAAACUUUUCUGAAAGAACAACGCGAUAAGUUAUUGAAAAUGAAGCAAGAGGAAAGAGAAAGCCGAUACCUAAAGGCCGAAAAGGCAGCAUCAUGCCGUCCAAUGUCCGCCCGUGCAGGCCGAUCAGCUAUGAAAAGUGACAGUGCAGCUCCUGCUGUCGACCAGAAGACUUUAGACAUGCGUAAAGCUAUCGCUAAUAGACUUAAAGAAGAGGUGAUCGCCUUGGAAGAAGGAAUCUAGCAGCUGAUAAUCCACAGAAGUCCCCACAUUUGAAUUCUUCAGUAGAGCUUGAGAACCUCACAAAACAUUUGAGACCAUCUGUUGAGGUAUAAAUGCCUUAGAAACAAUAUUGUGAUUCCCACUCACUGACACAUAGUAGAGUGCUGAUGGUGCAGGCCUACUAUAAGGCCAUAAUGCUAAAUGUUCAAGCUUUGAAACUGUUUGAAGAACAAUUGUGUUGGCUGUAUUUCCUUGACAGGGAUUCAUUUGCACGUACAUGUAUAACAGUUUGAUGACGAAGGGUCGUGUGCGAAAUAGAUUCAUAGAAAAGACAAAAUACAUGACUAACUGUACGACACAAACUGUCUAAAAAUCAUGAAAUAUCAGUUUUAUGUUGUGUUCACUGUCUAUGCCUGCCAGUUUAGUUUUCUGUCCAACUGUCACAUCUGAGUGGGUGAUAGCAAAGUUGGUGAUGACACCAGGCACAGUUGUAAAAUGUCACAAAAUGUACACCUCCCUCAAAAACCUGGUCGAAACACCAACUUUAAAAUCACCCAAUUCGUCCAAGUUAUUAGUAAUAAGUUUCAGCUGACUAUUAUCUUCUUUGUUGCAUGACUGUUUAGGAUGUGAUAUCAUCUUGUGAUGAGUGCCGAGCCAAGUAUCCUUUUAUGACUCUGUGAUAUUUGCUUUAGAAGUGCAUGAAUGUACCUUGCAAUCACUAUGAUGUUUGUCUGCGCUGUAGAAAU